AUGAGUGAUGAUGAUCUUGUUGCGACGUUCAUGGCCAUCAACAACUGCAGUGAGGAAGAAGCCGUAAGUUAUUUAGCAGAGGGCAACUUUGAUCUCGUGUUCGCACAGUCACUCUACACCGCAGCCCAUCACGAUCAAGAGGCAUCACAGCCGUCACCACCACCGCAGCCGCAGUCUCAGGAACAAUUAUUUCGUGAACCGCACGGCUCCGCCCGCCCCCCGUUGGGCAUCUCAUCGCCGUCGGAUCUCUCCAACGCGGGAUCGCCGGGGUACGCAACACCACCGUACUUAAUCAGUCGACUCGACGGCGGUGGCGGCAUGGAUCGGCAGGGGCAAUUUCCUGCCGCGCCAAGCACUGUACAUGCUUCAAUGCCAUUUGCCUUCCAACAGUGGCAACAACAACAACAACAGCAACAACAACAUCAGUCAAGUAUGGAAGCUGAUAGGAUGCCUUCGCUUUUCGCAACACCAUCAUUUGUAGAACAAGGAACUGUACCAUUUUCGCAUUUUUGCAAUCGUGCACUGGAAAACGAUCAAUGGGUACUUCUUUGUCUUCGAGGGGAUGAUUUCAAAAGUUUCUGUGUUAACAGAGACAUAUGGUGUUCUGAAAGGAUGAAUGAAACACUGGGCAUGUUUCGUGUCUAUGAGUCUAAUGUCUCAACAGAGCAGGGUGAGCAACUGGCACAUGGUUAUCGUGUUGAUAGCUUAAGAGAUAUUCCAGUAUUACUUAUUAUUAACCCUCUUACCACGUUAAAAGAAUCAUCAGUACCUGUGAACAUUUCAGAAAGAGGUAUUGAUGUUAAUGAGAUUAAUGAAGCGCUUCUCUUAUUUGUUGCCGAACGUGGUUCACCUUGUCAGUGGGAAACGAAAAAGUAUGAAUCUCGUUCUGUAGAGACCACAUCUGCCGAACCUCCAAGGCAGGAGUUUUUAGUUGAUGAUGAUGACAACAAUGAUAAUGAUGUUGUUGUUGUGGAUACUGCUGAUGGCAAUCACAGUCCUGCUAUCGCUGUGCCGCCACCUGUUGUAGUAGUGGACAUAACCCCAUAUGAAGUGAGUGCUGAUGAGAAGAACGCCUUUGCAUUGCGCUGUCGACUUCCAAAUGAACAGAUGACAUUACGACUGAAGCCUGAGACACCCGCACAGCUUUUCGUGGAUUACUUGGCCUACCGUGCAUAUGUGAACCAACCAGAAGCCUACCCCCACGGAGUGCCGAAGUGUUCAGUCAAAGCCGGUUAUCCACCACGGGAGGUUGUUAUUAAGGAUGAGAAACAGCAGUUAUUAUCCUGGAGUGGGGUGCGUUCAGGAGAUACGGUGUUUCUUCACAUUCUGUAA